AUGGCCAGUGUCCAGCUGUUAAGUACUGGUACAGAGGGAUGGUGCGGGGGCACAGUUGGUGCUAUUUUCACUUGUCCACUGGAAGUCAUUAAGACCAGGCUGCAGUCUUCAAGACUAGCCCUCCGGACAGUCUAUUAUCCUCAGGUUCAUCUGGGGACCAUUAGUGGAGCUGGAAUGGUGAGACCAACGUCGGUGACCCCAGGACUCUUGCAGGUUCUGAAGUCAAUCUUGGAGAAGGAAGGACCAAAGUCACUUUUUAGAGGCUUGGGUCCAAAUUUGGUUGGAGUUGCACCGUCAAGGGCUGUGUACUUUGCAUGUUACUCCAAAGCCAAAGAGCAAUUUAAUGACAUUUUCGUGCCUAAUAGCAAUACUGUGCAUAUUUUCUCAGCUGGCUCUGCAGCUUUUGUCACAAAUUCCUUAAUGAAUCCUAUAUGGAUGGUCAAAACCAGGAUGCAGCUAGAACGGAAAGUGAGAGGCUACAAGCAGAUGAACACACUCCAGUGCGCCCGGCACGUCUACCAGACGGAGGGCAUCCGUGGCUUCUACAGAGGGUUGACGGCCUCCUAUGCUGGAAUCUCGGAAACUAUCAUCUGUUUUGCUAUUUAUGAAAGCUUAAAGAAGUGUCUGAAUGAAGUCCCAUUAGCCUCGUCCACGAACGGAACCAAGAAAAAUUCCACAAGUUUCUUUGCACUCAUGGCAGCUGCUGCGAUUUCUAAAGGCUGUGCCUCCUGCAUCGCUUAUCCACACGAGGUGAUCAGGACGCGGCUCAGGGAGGAGGGCACCAAGUACAAGUCCUUCGUGCAGACGGCGCGCCUGGUGCUCCGGGAGGAAGGCUACCUGGCCUUCUACCGAGGGCUCUUUGCCCAGCUCAUCCGACAGAUCCCAAACACAGCCAUUGUGCUGUCCACCUACGAGUUCAUCGUGUACCUGCUGGGAGACCACGCUCAGUAACGGCCGCACUGGUGUGCUCUAGGAGAAUAAAACUGAGAAACUCUAGAGAUUUUUUUUUUUCAUUGACGUUUUUAGAGUGUUCGAAACGGAAACGGCAAAGGCCAUAAAAUAGACGGCUCAUGUUGCCUGCUGGACAUUUCCUUUUGGAUUCAUGCUUUCUGGAAGGUUUAAAUUCAUUAACGUUAAUAGUUAAUUAUAACUUUUUUUUAACUUAAGAGAAUUGAGGAUUAAGCAGCACCUAAAUUAAAUCAUGCUAUUUAAUUUAAGUAUA